AUGUGGGCGGCCAGCCCAACUAUCAAUCUCUCCCCGGUCUCGGAUACCAUUGGUGUACUGCUGAGCAUUCUCGCACGUUCACAAGUGAUGACUCCGGACCUCGAAACAACAUACUCCCGAGCUAGUCGCUCCAACAGUAAUACCAACUACUCUGUCACCGAGCUCAAAGACCACGGCAUCAGCGCAAUCAUCGCCGUACGCCAGCAGCAGUUGGAUGCGGUUUUGCACGACAUGUCAGGCCUAGAAAUGGUCAUGGAUAGUAUCAAAAAUCUUCACCAGCAACUUGUCGAAAAGAAGGACAAGAUCAUCCAGUCCAUGAAUUUGCACAGGAGACUUGUAUCGGCUCUCUGGCGCUUGCCAGCAGAAAUCCUAUCCCACAUUUUCGUUUACUGUCUCCCGGAAUCCGAGCACUCCCCCCCAUCAAAGCUAACAGCUCCCAUGUUGUUGACCAGAAUAUGCCGACGAUGGAGGGAGGUUGCUGUGGCCAUGCCCAUUUUAUGGUGCAGGUUGCGGUUGCAAGUCGACGAAGAAGACUGGCAGCAGCAAGCUUUCCGCUUCGACUUGUGGUUGAAGCGAACCCGAGGACGUCCGCUUUCGUUGACACUCAGGUGCGAUGCAGGUGAACCGACCAAGUUACGAAAGCUCCUUCAACCUUACAUGAGCCAGAUCUCGUCUCUCUCCAUCCGAUUUUAUCACGGCUCCGACAAACCUGACAUCAUGUUAGCAGACCUCCCAACACUUCGGGAGCUCAACAUAUGCAUCAGGUACAGACCUGACUGUACACCCACUAUUGCACACUCUAUCUCGCAACUGCCGUCCACUCUGCGCAGUCUCAAGGUCAUGGGGCCGAUCUUCGACCUCGAAAUCUUAUCUUCCUUUAAUCCCGUAUGGGCCCACCUGACAAAUAUCGAGAUCUCCACGCGUCAUCCGAAUGUAUUCCUCCAGUUGCUCAAUCUAUGUCCUGACCUCUCCUCGAUAACGAUUCGCGAAGGAUUCGAUCAUAAACAGGCCUUAGAGCCAUUCACGCACACCAAACUUCAAUCCUUACGCAUCAAUCAUCACUAUGCGCGAACAAAUCAUUUAUCUGACCUGUUCGAUGCUCUAUCACUCCCCAAUCUACUCAUGCUCGAAGUUCGCUAUAUACAACCGUGGCCUCAUGAGGAGUUCAAGGCGUUUUUGACGCGGUCAAAUUGUCCCCUAGAGAGCCUGAUUUUUGGCGCUGGAGCAAUGACGACAAGUGAGCAGCGAGCUGAAUACGUUGCUCUUAUUCGUUCCCUCGAAGUAACAGUGGACCCCACGCGUCGUCAUUGCUUUGAUUGA